CAAAAUUCAAUAUUAUUGACCAAUGAAUUUAUAGGAAACACAGGAUUCCUGUAAAUUCAUUGGCUGGCUAAGUGCGUUUCGAUGGCAUCAACGUCCUCGCACAGGCACGCUUCGUCGCGGCUAUCUCGAUCAAGGAGCCCAAGUCCACGAAGGCAUCGACGCGCAAGUCGGAGUCGAAGUCGAGAGAACGUCAGACGAAGCAAUCGGUCAGCGUCACGAUCACCAUCCCCCGAGCGAAAGAAGAGAAAGAAGAAGGAGAAGAAGCACAAGAAGUCCAAACGGCACCAUGCAAACGACGACAUCGAUGAGGAACCACAUCAACAGCACGAAACUAGCGAUGCUGGUGCUGCUGCUGUCGUGGUUCCCGCCGUGAAAACGGACCGAAAGAAAGACUUCUUUGCGCAGUUGAAGGAGCAAGAGGCGACGAAGGUCACCGUCGGCACCAUCCAUACGUCGGGGCGCAAACAGGAAAGCGGGGCUGCGCAGUUGGACAACUGGGAGUGCGUGAAAGCCGGGUGUGGCAACAGCAACAUGAAGCGAGCGACGUCGUGCCUCAAGUGUGGCGCCAUGCGCCGCAUCACGCAGUGGCGCUAACUUACAUUAGUACAUUUUCGUCUGUCGAAUUCAAAUGCUUUUUAAAUGUGUAUUGCUGUGAAAAUAAAUUAAAAUUGUCA